UUCAGGAGUCGCGCAUCACACUCAUUACGGUAACGUCUCGUUCCCUGUUCUUUACGGUAAAACCGUGGAAACAGGAAGUGAGCUCAAAUCGAAACGGCGGCGUUUGGAAGACGAAGAAGAACAUCGAGUUGCUGCUGAAAUGACCGAAAGCGGCGCCCAGCUGUUCGCUCGUCUGGAGGCUCGUCGCUGUCUGAGGGACAUUGAACCUCGUCUGUUUCCCGAAGACGGAGGACCUGACCACGGUGAGGUGGUGGAGCUGUAUGGAACAGAGGGAACAGGUAAGACGGAGCUGCUCUACCACCUGUUGUGUCGCUGUCUGUUGCCGGUGGCGGCUGGCGGCUUGGAGGUGGACGUUGUGUUCGUAGACACUGACUACAGUCUGGACAUGUUACGACUGGUCAGCAUCCUGGACAGCAGGCUGAAUGCAGUUCAUUCCAUCAGCUCCCCUUUGGUCGGUUCAAGUGAGGCUGCGUUGCGAUCGUGUCUGGCUCGCCUCCUGGUGGUCCACUGCUCCUCCUCCUCUCAGCUCCUCCUUACCCUCCACUUCCUAGAGACCACGCUGUCAUCACGGCCGAGCCUGGCGCUCCUCCUGAUUGACAGCAUCUCUGCUUUCUAUUGGCUGGACCGCAGUGAGGGCGGGUCCAGCAUCUCCAAGCAAGAAGAGAAGCUCACCAAAUGUGCAGAGCUGCUGGGCCGACUGCUCAGGGACUACAGGAUCACAGUCUUCGCCACCUGCCACGCCAUCAGGAGGAGUUACAAUGGACCGUCCUCCUCCGAGUCUGACCGGUCACACCUCUGUCGCUCCUGGCAGCGGCUGGUGAACCACCGGCUGCUGUUCUCGAGGCAGGAGGCUGCAGACAACAUGUCCGCCACAGCAGAGUGCAGCAAGGAGCAGAGGAGACAGCAGGUCUUCACCGUCCACUGCUCCUCCUCCUCCUCCUCCUGCAGGACGAAGGCUUACAGGAGCAGCUCCUUCUGCGUGAUGGAUGGAGGAGUGGAGUUUAUCUGAAGUGACGAUGAUCUCAUGUUCACAGGACUGUAAACAUUUCAUUUUUAAUAAUAAAAAAUGUGUAUUAUAUGUGUGUAUGUAUUAUAUAGUAUUUGGUUAAGGUAUAAAUACAUUUGUCAAUAAAGGUUUGCUGAGACCCAUGAGGUGCGGUUGUAGAGAACGCACGAGGA